CUGUUCCUGGAGGUGGUAAGUUCCCAACUGCAGAGAGUGUUGGGGGCCAUGGAGGAAGUUUGAGAUAAGGGGGAACUGGGUGUACUUUUCAUACAGAGGGGGAGGGGUGGGGAAAUGGCACCUCUUUGGACCACAGACACCUUUGUGUCUCAAUACUUACUCUGGUUGCAUUAUCACUGACAUGAGGGUUAUAGCUUCCAGGGGAGAACAAGAGCAACAGAAGUACUGAAUACAGGGCCCACCGUAUCAGAUGCUUGAGGUGUUAUCCUCAGUUGGUAUUAAGUGGGUCUACACAAAGGUAUAAAGAGAUUUUGUAAAUAGUGAAUUGUCACAGGCCGCUGUUUUUUGCAUUUCAUUGCCGUUUGACUCCACUGUGUACACACCUCUUUAUUUUGAGGGUUGCCUUGUUCUGCUCACAAUCCUGUGUAUUUAACAACUGCAGUGACAGGGAAAGCUUUGCCUGCUGAGUUGCUUUUCACAACUUACCUAACCUUUCCCCAUUCUACUUUCUCAGGCUGCUGAUGGCAUCGAUGGAAGCCUUGUAUACUGCUCUGCAAGAUCAGAUCCAGUCCUUUGAGGGACACAUAAGAAGCUGCCAGCAAGCUUUUGACAUUGACACCCUUUACAAUGUGUUGCUGCUGUUGUCCCCUGCUGCAGAUAUCCAGAGCCUCGAGCAGCUGGAAAAGCUUGUUGAGUCCAGAGAGCAGGAUGGACAGGAUAGAGUGAGGAUCACAGCUGGCUGUGAUAAGUGUGACAUUGCCAGCUACAUCUCCUGGUUUGUCACCUAUGUGCGGUACCUGGGCUCAUUGAAAGGGUCAUUUGACACCAAGGUUGUGUUUCCAUUGUGUGAAAACCUGUACGUUAAUGAUGACUCGCUUGAUGCAUUGACCUUUGGACACAGGCGAGGACAUGGCCUUCGUGCCCCAGCAUCCGUUGCACGCACAGCCAAGCAGUUGUUCUCUGUCAGGAGGAAAUGGGCUUUGCUCCUGAAAGGGGACACAAUUGAUGCACAGUUUUUCAGCCCCCAGAGCUGGCUUGAUGUGCAGGGCUUUGGCAGUGCCUGUCCCUUUGGGAAGGUCUUGAGGUUGGUUCCUGACCUCUUUCACAAGGGCUUGGCUACUGCCCAGCUUGCCAGGCUGUGGGUGGAGCGCCAUGCCAGCAACCAUGGCACCUGCCCAGUGCCGUCAGAUCUAGGCUCAACCAAGAGAGGCAAAGGACUGGCUGCGGGCAGCUUGGAACACCAUGGAUACAACAGUUCCCUUUGCCAGCCUGGACUACCACAAGCCCAACAUGAUUGCUUGGAGGUUUGGCCGCCGCCGCAAGCCACCAGCAGCAGGUGCAGCAAUGAGAGGGGCACCUGCAUGAGAAGUGGCAGCCAGGGAAGGAACGAGCUGCACAAGAUCCAUGGGGAACUCAUGUCCCUGCUGUGGCGGGAGAAACGUUCUCUGAGCUUGGAAUCAGAGAUUCAGGAGGUAAACCAGAGCAUUUCCAACCUGCGGCAUCACCGGGUGGCUAAGGAAAGGGAACUGAAAGCCCUUGAGCAGCAACUGGAGAAAGACCAUUUGAGUGUGCCCUGCCCACAGCGCCAGGCUGUUCUCUGUGAGCUGGAUGCCUUGGGGAGGCAGCUGAGGCUGGAAGAAUACCGCAAGAACAUCCUGCAAGGUGACUGGCUGCUAGAGUUGGAGGUCAGGCCAGUCCUUAUGCGACCAAUAAAUACAGUAAGAAGCUAGGAAGUUAACCGACUGUGGGACCCAAAGGUGGGCAGUAUGCUGCCAGCCCAGAAACAGAGCGGGCUAGAUCCCUUGCAGCUGGAAGGUGGUGGGCCUGUGGCUGCAUGGAACUGGGUCUCGGGUGGAACCAAAAAGCGAUGAACGCAGGGAUUCAAAAGGGAGAAUAGCAAUCUUGAGACAAAGGAUGGAAAAAUUCAGUCCCUUUUGAAAGAUGAAAUGUGUGUCUUUUUAUCUUUCUUCCAGCUGCAGGAACGCUUCCAGGGGCUUGCACAGCUAUUGCAGGGUAGGGAAGAGGUUCCCCUGGAUCUUCAGCUUGCCAAUGAAACAUAGACUCUCCCUUCUGCUUGGUUGCCUGCCUCUCAAAUGAAGGUCGACUUGCUUCUGGGUGCAAUCAAGCCUAGCUUCCGUUAGGUUGAUCGCUGCAAUGUAUUUAACUUUGGGCUGCCAUUCAUGACUAUCCAGAAGCUCCAUUCAGUGUGAGACACAGUGAUCCAUCUCCUGUCACAGGGAGCAUUUUAAACCACUGCUCCAGCAUUGACAAUGGCUUCCUGUGAUCCUCUGGGCACAAUCUGGGGUGUUAGUUUUAACCUGUAAAGUUCUAAAUGACUUGGGGCUAACAUACCUAAAGGUUGCACAACAUUUAUGGAACUCUGUCUUAUUGUAAAGUCAGUGAAACCAAAGUUGUUUGGAAGCAUUGUAAAGCCUUUUUGAAUGAGGUAGCUUGGGGAGGCAUGAUUUAAGCUGGUAACGCAAGGAUGGGAAAUCUGCAGCCCUCCAGAAGACUCCAACACCCAUCAUUACUAACCAUUGGGUAUGGGAGUCAGAGUUGGGAAUCCAACAACAUGUGGUAGAGAGUUUGGAUUUUUAACAUUAUUAUUUUUUUACACUUCAGUUGGUGUUCUAGUUUGGGAUGGAGUAGGUUAUAUAUAUUGAUUGCUAAAUAAAACAAUUUGGCAUG